GCAGCACUCACAAGAAGAGAUGUGACGUAACAAACUAAUCUUUCAAAGCCUGUCUGGAUUUAAACAGAGAUAUACAUAAUCCCAUUCAGCACUUAGAGGAGCUGUCAGGGGGAUUCGAGCCCAAAGAGGGGCAUUCCAACCGAGAUAAAAGAGCGACAGUCCGCAAUCCUGUAGUUCUGGUUGCAGCAGAAAACACAGUGAGGCGGGAGUAAAAGACAAGAGGGUGUAAAAGAAAAACUUCAGGAGGAGUUCAAUAGCCGAUAACAACUUUGGAAUAUGGGAAACACCAAGAGCGGCGCCUUGUCCAAAGCCAUUCUGGAAGAUCUGAAGAUGAACACCAAAUACACAGAGGAGGAACUGUGCGCUUGGUACGCUAGCUUCCUUAAAGAGUGCCCUACGGGACGUAUCACCAAAGAACGGUUUGAAGGCAUCUACGCAGGCUUCUUUCCUGAUGCUGACCCAACGGCCUACGCCCGACACGUGUUUCGCAGUUUUGACACCAACGCAGACGGCACGCUGGACUUUAAGGAGUACAUCGUAGCUCUGCACCUCACCUCUUCAGGCAAGACGAUGCGCAAACUCGAGUGGGCUUUCGCUCUGUACGACGUAGACGGCAAUGGGACCAUCAGUAAAAAUGAGGUGGAGGAAAUCGUACGGUCAAUAUUCAACAUGAUUCCUGCUGAAGACCAGAAAAAUCUCCCAGAAGAUGAGAACACACCAGAAAAGCGAGCAAACAAAAUCUGGACCUUUUUUGGAAAAAGUGAUGAUGAUAAGAUCGGAGAGGGAGAGUUCAUUCAAGGUGUCAUGGACAACAAAGAUAUCUUGAGGUUGAUACAGUUCGACGAGCCAAAGAAGAUUCAGGACAAACUCAAGGAGAAGAAGCACUGAAUGCCCUAUUCCUGUGAGACUGAUCAUUCAUUUGAAACCCACAUG